UAGCAAUUAGCAAUCCAUAAGAGACUCAGGGCCUGGAAAAAGAGUGCAAGUGUGAUGGAAUCCUUGGAUGGAGAAUGUCAAUCUUUGGAGCUCCUGAAAGCUCAAGCCCAUGCAUGGAACCACAUAUUUAGCUUCAUAAACUCCAUGUCCCUCAAGUGUGCCGUGGAGCUCGGCAUAGCUGACAUCAUCCACGCCCAUGGCAAGCCAAUCUCCCUCCUUGAACUAGCAACCAAACUAUCCAUACCCCCCACCAGAAACAACGACCUGCGCCGCCUCAUGCGCCUCUUGGUGUUCUCGGGAUUCUUCGCUCGGGAGCGAGAUGGAAACAGUCACGACCACGACGAAGAGCUGUACAUCCCCACCACCAUGUCUGCUCUCCUUGUCAAUCAGAAAGAUGUGAACGUCUCGUCCUUCGCUCUCGUAAUGCUGGACCAAAUGUUCCUACACCCAUGGUAUCACCUCAGUAGUUGGCUCAAGCAAGAUAUGCUGCCGGCCACUCCCUUUGAGGCGGCACAUGGGAAGGGUGUUUGGGAGGCCACCAGCCAAAGCCCGGCCUUCAACAGUUUGCUGAACGAGGGAAUGGCAAGCGACGCUCGGUUCGUGGCCAAAGUGGUUGUGGAGGAGUGCGGCGAGAUCUUCCGGGGCCUGAGCUCGCUGGUGGAUGUUGGUGGAGGGACGGGCACGAUGGCACGUGCCAUCGCCGAUGCCUAUCCACACGUGAAGUGCACCGUACUUGACCUCCCUCAGGUGGUAGCGAGCUCGGAAGCGGGCGAGACGGUCCAGCUUGUCGCGGGAGACAUGUUUCAGUAUGUUCCUCCUGCUGAUGCGGUGCUGCUCAAGUGGGUGCUGCAUGAUUGGAGUGACGAGGAAUGCGUGAAGAUACUGAAAAGAUGUAAGGAGGCUGUUCCAUCUAAAGAAAAGGGAGGGAAGGUGAUUAUUAUUGAAAUGGUAGUCGACUUGGAUAUUGGAUUUCCUGAGUUGGCCGAAACACAGCUGCUCUUUGAUAUGCACAUGAUGGUCCAAACCACAGGAAAGCAAAGGAAUAAAUGUGAAUGGAAAAAAAUUUUCAUUGAUGCAGGUUUUACCGACUACAAAAUCACUCCAGCAUUAGGCUUACGAUCGAUUAUCGAGGUUUAUCAUUGACUAGUGUAUAGAUAAGGGAAGUCAUCUAAUGGUGGCCAUGAAUUGAUCAAUUUGCUGCUCUCUUCUAGUUUAAUCUAAGAUCUUCAUUUUGUAACCUAUUAGAAGUCUUAUGGUGUUCUCAUUGGUGGCUUUUCAUAGAAUUACAGUGAUGUUUGUGUUCGUCUUUGUUUAGUUUGCAAUCUAUCUGUCAUAUUAAGUUGAUUGGCUUUCUCAGAGCAGACAUAAUGGAAGGUAUUUCUUGAUUGCCUCU